UGUGUGAUCCCCACAUCUCUUCCGGAGGGUGACGAGCCAGACGGUAACCCCUGCAAGCGCCAUGGCUGAGGUGCUGGGACAGAGGAGCUUGUUGGGAUUUGGUGUGGUACUGGCAUGGCUGGUGCUGUUCCACCUGCUUGUCAACAUCUGGCUGCUGUGUGUGUUCACCAGCCUGCUGGUGGUGCUCGGCGGCUGGCUCGGCUCACAGGCUGUCCUGGAGUCCAACAGUGUGGUUCACCUGGAGAGGUUUAUCACACUGGAGGAGGUUCCACCCACUGUGGAGGAUGAGGAUGACUUGGACCAAGAGAUCCACAACACAGUGAGGAAAAUCAUCCGGGACUUUGUCUCCUCCUGGUACUCAACGGUGUCCUCUGAGAGUGCGUUUGAAAUGGAAGUUCAAGAGGCCAUGAUCUUUAUGGCCAUGGAGCUUAAAAUGCGUGCAAGACGGCUGGACAGAAAGGAGCUGACCCAGAGGAUCCUGAACCUGUUUGGCUGCCACCUGCAGGACUACCUGAGAGCCAAGGAGCUGGUGACCGAGCAACAGAUGCCUCAGAAGUGGAGCGGUGAGAGUGAGCAGUUGUGGAAGGCGUAUUCCAGGACUACCACACCUCAUCCUGCCAUGACCAGCGAGGCAGAGGAAGUCAACUACACCAGAGCACUGGUGGAUAUGCUGCUGCAUGUUUUGGUGCCGUCGCCCCAUUUAGAGACCCGCACCGGACGCUUCGUUGUCGGGGAGCUCAUCACAUGUAACGUCAUGCUCCCUCUCAUUGACAAGCUGUCCGACCCUGACUGGUUAAACCUUCUCAUGAUCGAAAUAUUCGGCAGGUCCAGCAAACUACAGGAGACGAUCACAGCAGAGCCACCGACUUCAGCACCGCCUCUGCCACCUCCGCCUGCUGAAACAGAUCUCCCUCCACAACAACAGACUUCCUGUGUGAGUCAAAAGAAUACUGAAGUCCUCUCACCGAAAGUGGAGACCGAAACAUUUAACGAUGCAGAGACGGUCAUACCAGAAUUUGCUGCCUAUGACGUGAUUGACUCAGAAGAGGUGGACUGUCCACAGAACAUCGAAGAGGAAGAACCUGCUCAACCCUUUCUAAGGCAUUACAUGAGAGGAAGCAAGUCAAACCCAUUUUACCAGGAAAAUGACUCUGACCUGGAUUCUCCAUCGGCUGAUUAUAAACAGAGUUCCACUGAUUCCCUCGUCAUGAUAGGCCAAGAGGAGAGCCUGUAUGACAGACAGAAGGAAUGUGCCUCAUCUGUUGAAAACAAGAGCGGCAUUGACUUGGAGGACAUUUGCAGUAGUCCAGUGGAUGGCUCUUGCCCUAAAGUCCUGGUGAAUUCAGAACCAGCAGAGCAUCUGAAUGGCUGCAGCUCUUCAGUGGAAGGGACAGCAGAGGGGACUCCUGGUAUCAGCAGCCUUCAAAACAUGGAGAGGGAGGGUAGUUCCUCUUCAGCAAACCCAGCCAAAGACCUUCCUCUGGGUGUGGAACCGACUGGGCUCGGGAACCCCAAUGAGCUGACUAUUGUCAGUCCAUCGCAGAGCACUUCCCCCAUGGCAGCAUUCAGUUUUGAGCCUCUCAGCAGCCCUGAUGGACCGGUCAUCAUCCAGAACCUUCGCAUCACUGGCACCAUCACAGCUAAGGAACACCGUGGCACCGGCUCGCACCCCUACACUCUUUACACCAUCAAAUAUGAGACAGCGAUGUGUUGCGAGACCCCAGGGAGCAUCCAGUCGGACUGUGAGAAUCCAUUACCCAUUCAGCCAGUGGCCUAUCACAUGGUCAACAGACGAUACAGCGAGUUUCUUAACCUGCAAACGCGUCUGGAAGAGAAAGCAGAACUACGGAAACUCAUCAAAGGUGUGAAAGGUCCAAAGAAAAUAUUUCCAGACAUGCCAUUUGGAAACAUGGACAGUGACAAGAUAGAGGCCAGGAAAGGAUUGCUGGAGACCUUUCUAAAGCAACUGUGUGCCAUCCCUGAAAUAGCCAACAGUGAAGAGAUGCAGGAGUUUCUGGCUCUCAAUACAGAUGCCAGGAUUGCCUUCGUCAAGAAACCUUUUAUUGUGUCACGCAUUGACAAGAUUGUGGUGAAUGCCAUCGUGGACACCUUGAAGACAGCAUUUCCUCGUUCAGAACCUCAGAGCCCAACAGAGGAUAAUGAAGGAGAAGUGGAUGGAUUGAAAUUAAGAACUGACAAGAAGAACAAAUCGCGGCUGAAGUUCUCCAGUAAAAACAUCCCCUUUGUGAACGGCUCAGACAUAAGACCACCGGUUUUGUUCAGCUGGGAACAAACUAGCACAGUGUUUAACGGGAUGUCUAUGGGAGAUCUGAAAACCUUUAUCACCGAACAAGAGAAACUAGCCUUCAGACUUGAGCCAGAGAGAGGGGACAGUCCAGUGGUAGGAAUAUUCGGAGGUGAACUGGAUGACAGCUUGAGAGGAAAGCAGAGUCAGGAACAUGCGGUCGCAGCAGCGGAGACGGCGCUGGCUGAGGUGGCUCUGAACAUCCUGUGUCUGCUGAUGAGGGAGCAGUGGAGCUGGCUGUGCACCGAAAACGUUCAGAGGACCGUCCGGCUGCUGUUCGGGACCCUUAUUAACAGAUGGCUGGAUGUGAGUGUAGCCAACCUGACAUGUAUCAGGUACUGGGUGGUGUACCUGCAGGUCAUCCAAGAGGCCGUGUGGCCAGGUGGAGCUCUGCCUACUGCCCCUCAACUUGAACGCAGCCAGCAGCAGAAGGACGACACCAAGCAACAAGCCUUACAUUGUCUGAUGAGACUUCUGCCAGAACUGAUCUCAGAUAUGCUGGGCUCAGACAAGUACAAACUCAGCUGGCAGACUGCGCUAGACUCUCUUCAAGACCCCUACAUUAACAGACACCUGGUCUACUGCAUAUUUGACCUUUUGCUGGAGUUCCUGGUUCCUGAAAUACCUGAGCAGGACUUCCAGAGGAGCCUGCUGCAGAGCCUGUCCAAGAACCCAGAGAAGAUGCUGGCAUGAGGAAACACCUUGAACCCAGCUUUAAUUCUCCACCAUCCUGACUCGGUCAUUCAGCGCUGAAGAAUCGCUGCAAAUCAGUGCAACAGCGAGGCUGCUCCUGUUCUACUAAUGUUCUGCCAUCAGAGCGCAUGUGAAUGUUACUGGUGAGGCUGAAUAUUCUCUGUCCUGAGGUCACUCGGGCCUGUCUCUAAUUAGGUGAUGAUGUAUUGAUAUAUGAGGCUCUUGAACGUGGUGUUCUGCACACACACACACACACACACACACACACACACACACACACACACACACACACACACACACACACACACACACACACACACACACACACACACACACACACACACACACUACAUUUGAAGCAGCUUUGAUUACAUGAGAGCACCUGGUUUGUGUUUGAUCUUAGAACGUGUCUGAUGUGGCAAAGCCUCCUCCGAUCUCCACAUCCAGUCUCUUCCUGCUUGCUAAACUCCCCGGCUUUGACUAAACUCAAUUCAGAUGGUCUUCACACUCUGCCCCCCCCCCCCCACACACACACACACACAGUCUCUGGUUAGAAAAACCCACACAUGCUCCUCUAAUCUGGAGAAGCAGGAUUUGCCCCCCCCCGAAAAACUUAAAUCUCAAGACGCUCUAUAGGGAUUUUAGCAUCACCAUUUCUGUUCUCUGUUGAGCCAUUCUUUAAAAUACCCCACUGGCUCUGUAUAGAGCCACACGUGUGAUUCUGACAUAAUGUGAGCUAUACUUCCUAAAUCUGAGCCUUCCUUAGGGGAUUACAUGCGUCUGGUAAGAUUUUUUUUCCCAACCUGAAGUAUCCAGGUGUAGGAAAAAUGCAUAGUGCACCGUGUUGAAGAGUCGUCCAUAAGAUAUUUUACUGGCUUCACAGAUACGUCACAGUUCUUUUAAGACACUCCUCAGAGAAUGAUCUGCGUAGUUAAUGUCUGAAUAAUAGAAGAACUGGGCUCCACAAAAACACCUAUAUGAAGGAUGAAGAAAUGGUUCUGGCAUAACUCCAUCCAAUAACUUCAUGUAGGCUUCCAAAUGUAACUUUCUGUCCAUCACUGGAACUGCUGGAGUCUAUGCACAGUUCAAAUCAUUUAAUAGAUCUUUGAUAAUAAGCAGAAGGUCCCCCCAAAUUAAAAUGAAACAUAUUUUCUCACUUACUCUGACUUUUUACAUUACUACAGCUUUGCAUUUGCAGAGCUUUGGCUUUAUUUGAUCAGGUUUUGAGAUAUCUGUCUCUGAGAUUUGCACCAAAUUUGAUCAAAUUUGUAUAAAAUUCAUCAGGUACAAAGACCCAAGCUGAUCAGAUCCAAGAGUUUGGACCCAUGACGACUUUCACUGAUGAUAAAAUCGUCAUGUUCCCUGUGGGUUAAUUGAACACAAACAAGUCAGCUUUUAUAAAGGUUUUAGAAGUUGUAACUAAUUGUUUUUAUAACUGAUUAAUAAUUAAUUUACUAAACCAUUAAUAAGAAUAGCUUUUGGUUUAUUAGACAGUUAAACUGAUCUAUAAAACAUGAAUACAUGUUUUAUAAGCAGUAAUAAAGCCAUUAGUUACAACUAAUAAAAUCUUUAUAAAGGGUGACUUAUCAUGGAGUUCAGUAACUGUCAUCCAUCAUCUUCUAGUCACCUUGGAAACCAUCUGAAGAGAGUUUCAAUUGUGUAAUCACACUGUACGGUCACUUUAUACAUCAUUUUGAAGGUUUUUGCACUUUGAAAAAAAACAAACUGCCUUAGCAUCUAAUUGCCUUUGUGGUGGUGACACAUCUAUCAGCCCUUCAUUCCCUGUUAGGUAAAGACAACAAGCAGGAAACUGUUGUAGUUUACAGAAAAUAUCCCAAGUAUGUUACAACGCAGAUCUGUUUUGAUAUGUUGAUCACAGACAUUACGUGGAAUUCCGAUAUCUUAACAUAGACUGUCUUAAAAUACUGUUCGGUUAAUCUUUGAUUGAAGCUGGCCAGACAAUGAUGUCAUUUAAAGUUAAUCCAACCUUUCUUGGCAACAUUUGUGGUCCAGAAAUCCUCAUGAUGAUUAAAAUGUAGAUGUUGUAUUUGGAGUAUGAAGCCACCUUCAAAUGGGUUAUGUUAAGAUAAACAUAUGCAGUAUUAUCCCAUUUAAAAAUACGUCAAAUAUCAAUUAUGUCUCUUGCGACCAUACCUGCUUAUUAAGAAUUUAAGAAAUGUUACAUUCCAUUUGUUAAAAAAUGAAGUCAGAUCUUAAUGCUACAAUCAUUCCACUGUAUUUAUGAACCUAUUUAUUUGAUGUGCUGAACAAUUAUCUGAAUUCCGUCCAUGAAAUAAUGAAAGCUGUGCCAGUGCUGACAGAGAGGACUGUGCUCUGUUACAAAGUGCUUUCUCCUUGAUUUUGCCUUACAAGGUGAUGGAAGUUUGACCUGCCUGACCUGCACUGAUGCAGCUGCUGUGGAGCCUCUGUAUAUGCCUUAGUAGAACAUAAGCACCCAGUCCAGUCACAGCUCUCUGUACUAAAAAAAUAUUAACGUAAAUGUUCUUUUUAUCGUGUCAAAUUGUGCUGAAUGUUGAAGCUGUUGCGGUUAUUGUGAAGAGAUUUUUUUUUUUUGCUUGCUUAUGCUAAUGAAGGAAUUCCAUGUAUGUUGCCAUGUGAAAAUUAGACAGCACACAUUUAUUCACGUGUCAAAAAUAAAAGUUCACUAACGUGUUCCUUUUUAUGUUUAACAAGAUUUUUCAUGUUGUAAUUAUGUAUUUAUUACUGCGAACUAUAUUCAAUGACAUACAAUAAGACAACAUCACUUUACCAGCUUGACCAACAUUUCUAGCUAACAUUAAUAUGUUUUUAUCUAUAUGCAGGCAGGCCGGGGUGGAAAGGUGAUUUUAAGUGUGUGGUACUCAACAUUAGACACUUUAUUAAGUCAUUCAUCUCUUCAAUUGAUCUUUCGAAAAAAAAUAAAGCGUGUUUCUGGGGUUUACGUCUCCAUUGGCAUCUACUACAGCACUUUCUUUAAGAACUUGAAGCCUUUGUGAUUUUAACUAAG